AUGGCUGCUUCCUUCGCUCGCCUGGCGGGCAAUGCGCCCAAAAGGCUCUGCCUCCGCCCCUCCACCAUCCUAAACACAUCAGUCCCCCGUUCGCGCUCGCUAGCCACCUCUGUCCCGCGCCGACAUGCAGAGGCCACCAGCUACCAGGCCACCAGACUCAUUCCGACCGACCCGACCUUCACGUCCCUCGCCAACAAGGGGGGGCCCGAGGACCCGGAAGCUGCUGCUCUGGAGUCCGAGGCCGAGGGAUUGGACCGUAAGAUCCGUCACUACACCGUCAAUUUCGGUCCUCAGCAUCCCGCUGCUCACGGUGUGCUUCGUCUGAUUCUCGAGCUCAAUGGCGAGGAAAUCGUUCGCUCCGAUCCCCACGUCGGUUUGCUACACCGUGGCACGGAGAAGUUGAUCGAGUACAAGACCUACAUGCAGGCCCUGCCUUACUUCGACCGACUGGACUAUGUCUCCAUGAUGACGAACGAGCAGUGCUUCUCGCUGGCUGUCGAGAAGCUGCUGAAUAUCGAGAUCCCGGAGCGUGCCAAGUGGAUUCGCACGUUGUUCGGCGAGAUGACUCGUGUACUGAACCACCUCAUGUCCGUCCUCUCGCACGCUAUGGACGUUGGUGCUCUAACCCCUUUCCUGUGGGGGUUCGAGGAGCGUGAGAAGCUCAUGGAAUUCUACGAGCGUGUCUCCGGUGCUCGUCUCCACGCUGCCUACGUCCGCCCUGGCGGUGUCUCGCAGGACUUGCCCCUGGGUCUUUUGGAUGAUAUCUACCAGUGGGCCACGCAAUUCGGUGACCGCAUCGACGAGACCGAGGAGCUGCUCACGGACAACCGUAUCUGGAAGGCAAGAACCCAGGGUGUGGGUGUUGUCCCCGUUGCGGAUGCCCUGAGCAUGAGUUUCACCGGUGUCAUGCUCCGUGGCUCUGGUGUUCCCUGGGAUAUCCGCAAGUCGCAGCCGUACGACGCCUAUGACCAGGUGGAGUUUGACGUUCCCGUCGGUGUGAACGGCGACUGCUACGACCGAUACCUGUGCCGGAUGGAGGAGUUCCGCCAGUCUCUACGCAUCAUUCACCAGUGCCUGAACAAGAUGCCCGCCGGCCCCGUUCGUGUUGAGGACUACAAGAUCUCGCCGCCGCCCCGUGCCGCCAUGAAGGAGAACAUGGAGGCUUUGAUCCACCACUUCCUGCUCUUCACCAAGGGUUACUCCGUGCCCCCCGGGGAGACAUACUCGGCCAUUGAGGCGCCCAAGGGUGAGAUGGGUGUGUUCCUGGUCAGCGACGGCAGCGAGCGGCCCUACCGCUGCAAGAUCCGUGCGCCCGGUUUCGCCCACUUGGGUGGCUUUGACCAGGUGUCUCGUGGCCACUUGCUGGCUGAUGCUGUCGCCAUUAUCGGUACUAUGGAUCUGGUGUUCGGUGAGGUCGACCGGUAA